AGAAUCUCUCCCUGCAUCAUCCAGACAUGGACGACGGUCAGGAGCUUGAUGCUGCAGAGCUUGAGCACAUCAUAGGCUUCACUGGACAGGAGCUGCAUGCUAUCUCCGUCAAUCCGCAAGACACGAAUGUGAUGCUUUAUGGAAUAGGCCAUGUGGUUGUGCUGGCAGAUCAGACGGAUCCUCACAAGCAGGAUCUCCUGCGGGGUCACGACAACGACAUCACGAGCGUCUCAUUCUCAGCUACCGGAAAGUUGCUUGCUUCGGGGCAGCGACAGAGCAUACACAGAGACGGGGAGCAGAUUGUGGUAUGGGAGUACGAAUCUCGAAAGCCCGUCUAUCGGUUGUCAGGGGUAACAGGAACCGUCACGGCUCUCAAGUUUUCUGACGACGAUCGAUUUCUUGCUGCGAUCGGGGAGGGGAACAUGAAUGGCAAUGACUUUGCCAUCUGGGACAUGCAGAAUGGAAGUGUAGCGCAAUAUGUGAAAUGCCCCAAAGCAGCAACUGCAAUGUGCUGGGGGGUAGUUACAGUUGCUGACAAUUCUCGCCGGGUGAAGACGCCCAAGUAUUCUCUCUACACGUUUCAUACCGUCAAAGUUCACGCGCACUAUCUCGAGUAUGACAUCCGCACGAUGCAUUACGGACUCAAGACAGAACUGUUGAAGUUUCCCUCUGCUGGACUUGCUCGCACUUACCAUGACUGUUCCCUAUCACCCACUAAUGGAGAGCUCAUCGCCGGGACCUCUGUGGGAGAGUUGGUGGUUUUCAAUUGCGACAGUCUGGUGUACCGAGCGGCGUUACCAAUCUCCACCAAUGGAGUUCUUUCCCUGUGCUCUUGCAGAGAGUACAUCUUCGCUGGAUCGGGUGAUGGCAAGCUUAAGAAGCUGCAAGGGAACGAUCAGUACUGGUCGGUUGUUGGGGAAGUCCAGCUUCAUGGGCGAGUGACGUCUAUAGUCCCGGUGGCCGCCUCUGGUGAGCUGGUCGUGGGCACGGAUACCGCGAAGAUGUACUCGAUCGGAUGCGACGACUUGAGCGUCCGGUUGAUGCAGCAGAGCAACGUUUCUGCCAUCAACGGUGUAGCGUUUGGAACCAGGAGCGACCACUUCGCUACCGUCUCUCAAGAUGGUAUCCUACGGAUUUUCGACUUGUCAGACUACACAGUGCUGGGGUUCACGAGAGGAUCCUGUGCUGCCACGUGCCUGUGCUGGACGCCGGACGAUCGGAUUCUGACGGGCUGGGAAGAUGGAGCCAUGCGCAUAUUCACAGCAACAAAUUGUGAGCCGCAAGGACAGAUUCCAAAGUGCCACAGGGGGAAAGUGACGUGCAUAGCGGUUGGCAAGGAGUUCUACUUCACAGCCGGAGAGGACGGGGCCAUGCGGGUAUGGAAUCGAAGAAAUCUGGAGUUCGUCGGGCAGUACACCGAGCACAACAAGCCGAUCACUGGGCUGUUGGUGGACAACGUUCAUGCACAUCUAGUCCACUCUUGCUCCAUCGAUCGGGCGGUAGUAACGUAUGAUCUCAAGACAACGCGCAGGUCCAACUACAAGAUGCAUCGCGAUGGCGCCUUCACGGGACUCGCUCAACGGGUCGACUCGGAGCAAGAGCUUCUGACAUCCACGACUGAUGGCUUCGUGCUGAGCUGGGACUGUGACGUUCAGUUGCCGGUGAUGGCCCUUGACUGCGGGAGGAAGAUGAAGUUCAGUUGCGUUGCCAUCAGCUCCAGCGGUCAGUUUGUUGCCGUCGGAUGCGAAGACCUUUGUGUUCGUAUAUGGGACAUCGUGGCUAUGGAGAUUGUUGCUGUCUGCCGGGGACACUCGGGAAUCAUAACACAGCUAGCAUGGUCCCCCGACGAGAAACAGCUGGUGUCAGUAGGAGAUGACGCUGCUGUCUGCGUGUGGAAUUUCUACCUCGCUGGCGGGCCUCCACCCAGUACCGCGGGCUCAAGAUGAAACCUGUUCAGAAACGUUGUUGUACCAUGACUUAUCCACUUCAUUCUUUUCCAUGCAAUCGCUUUAGAAGCCCAUUGCAAGAUUGCAGCAGUAAAACUGAAGAUUUUUCC